GCUGCGGCCCCUCAGGCAGUUCUUCUGUUGUCUGCCACCUUCAUCUUUGAAGCGCUGAGACUUUCAAGUGGGGGAUACAGAAGUGGGGGCUUGAGUUUGCGGACAUCCUUUUGGUCUUCAAAAACUAUUUUACUUUCUCUGUGUUCGUAUUGAGCGUUAACAUGCCUCCGAUGAACCGCCCAGCUCCUGUGGAAAUCACAUACAGGAACAUGAGAUUUCUGAUUACGCACAGCCCAACCACUGCAACCUUAACCAGAUUUCUAGAGGAGCUUAAGAAAUACAGAGUGACCACAAUAGUAAGAGUGUGCCAAGCGACUUACGACACUGCUCUUGUGGAGAAGGAGGGCAUCCAGGUUGUGGACUGGCCUUUUGACGAUGGCUCGUCACCUUCCAAACAGAUUGUUGAUGAUUGGGUAAGACUUGUAAGCGUUAAAUUCCGUGAAGAACCUGGUUGUUGUAUCGCCGUUCACUGUGUUGCAGGUCUUGGCAGAACCCCAGUGCUGAUUGCCCUAGCGUUAAUCGAAAGUGGAAUGAAAAAUGAAGAUGCAGUGCAGUUGAUUCGACAAAAGCGACGUGGAGCUUUUAACAGUAAGCAACUUUUGUAUUUGGAGAAAUACCAUUCUAAAAUGCGGCUGCGCUUUAAAGACUCCAAUGGCCACAGAAACAACUGUUGCAUUCAAUAAAACUUGGCUGCAUGAUGCUAUUGCUUGUAGGUAGAACUCGAGAUGGGACCUAUUUUAUCGCAUCUUUUAGGCAACAUCUUAGUAAGUCUAAUGGAGCUUCCACAGGCAUAUUGGAAAACCACAAGCUUAACAGAAUCACAACCUCUGUUUUGCUUAGUAUUAUCCUAUGCCAAAAAGAAUAUAUAUGCAUAUAUAAAGUUUAGUGAAAUUAGAUGCCAAGAGACCUAGGUACCUAUGUGUACAUUUUCAAUAUCAUACAGAAUUAAAAU